CUAGUACUAGCUAGACCUGCCUUUCUCUCCCUCUCUGCUUUCUUGUUUGACAGUUUGGUUUUAUAGUCCUAGGCGCAGCUUUUCUUAUCUUUUUUCACUCCUAGGGCGCUCAAGCUGUUCUUGUUGUCCCUUUAACUUUUCUUAGGGGACCCCUAUCCUACUAUAGAACCUCACUUUAUUGUGUUAUAUGAAGCAAGUCAGCUUGUCGCACGGACCAAAGAUUUGUCUUUUUCAAUCUCCAUGUCUUGAUCUCUUUGGAUUUUGCCUUCUGCUUUGGCUUGAUCUUGAUGUAAAAAACCAUCUUAAAAACACCUAGAGAUCUUGCAUUUUUUAAUUCUAUGUUUGACUUGGAUUGCUUUAAAGAGAUUCUUGAUUCUUGAUCCUGAGUCUCGGUUGUAAAUAUAAUAAAAGGGGAGGCAUUAGCUGCUGAAUCAAAUCAAUGCAAGCUUGUACUUGUUAUAGCUUGAAUGGAAGUUUUAUGUGGUUCUAAAAAAGCAGCAAUGGCAAAGCAGCUACAGCAAUCUGUCACCGAUACUACAAGAUCGCCUCUUGUUCCAGCGGAGAAGAACAAUGCAGUUGCUGCCACGCGCCGGUCUAGAACAAUGGAGGUCAGUUCAAGAUACAGAUCACCUACUCCCACUAAAACUCGUAGAUGCCCUUCACCUAAUGUCACUAGGACUGUGUCUUCAACCUCUCAGUCUUUAUCGAAAAGAGCUGUUUCAGCAGAAAGGAAACGUUCUUCAACGCCAACCACUCCCACUAAUCCGUCCACACCGGUUAGUGAUGUAUCUAUAGAUUUACCUGUUUCUUCUAAGAAAUUAUCUACCGGUCGUGUACCUCAAGGGUUAUGGCCUUCUACUAUGAGGAGUCUCAGCGUUUCAUUUCAGUCUGAUUCACUCUCAGUUCCUGUUGUUAAGGAGAAACCGUUUGUUACUUCUUCUAUUGACCGCACAUUGAGACCGUCUUCAACCUCUGUCUCAAGGAAACAUACGAGAAGUCCACUGAAGGGUAAGAAUGUGACUGCAGGUCAAUCAGAGAAUUCGAAACCUGUAGAUGAUGGUCCUCAUAGUAGGUUAAUACAACAGCAUCGAUGGCCUAGUAGAAUGUCUAUGAACAGAAGCUUGGAUCUUGGUGAUAAAGCGGUUAGGACAACGUCUCUGUCUUUGUCCAACAAAACCUCUAAACCUUUGCAAAAAUCUUCUAGCGACACGGCGAGGUUGUUGUCCGCUUGUGAAAAUGGUGGACUAGUAAUGUCUCCAACAAAUUCAGAAAAUGGUAGUAAUAGUUUAAAUAGGCUAUUGUCUGCAAGUUCAUUAGAUAGAGCAACUUCAGCUAGGGUGCACCCAUUGUCUGCUCCUGGAUCACGCGCAGCUUCUCCAAGCAGAUCCUCAUUUUCAUCAUCAUCAUCAUCAUCCUCUCAUUCUCGAGGGAUGAGUCCUUUGAGAGGCGCGAAUCUCUCUUGUGUGAGAUCGUCUACACCGCCACCAAGAGGUGUAAGUCCUUCCCGAUUAAGACAAACCAACGCGUCUACAAGCAGCCCAACCUCAGUUCUCAGUUUCAUGGCUGAUGUAAAGAAAGGAAAAAAGGCAAAUUAUAUAGAAGAUGUUCAUCAACUGCGCUUGCUAUAUAAUAGAUACUCACAAUGGCGGUUUGCAAACGCUCGAGCUGAGGGAGUCGGUUAUAUUCAAAGGUUAAUCGCAGAGGAAACUCUAUACAAUGUCUGGCAUGCAACAUCAGAGCUAAGAGAUCAUGUGACAACUCAAAGAAUCUACCUCCAACAGUUGAAGCUAGAAAUUAAGCUUGAAGACAUCUUAAGUAAGCAGAUGGGUUGCCUUGAAGAUUGGGCCAUACUCGAGAGAGAACACGUUACUUCUGUAGCUGGUGCCAUAGCAGACUUGGAAGCAAAUACUCUCCGCCUUCCACUAACUGGAGGAACAAAGGUGGACCUUGGAACUCUGAAGUUGGCUAUGUCCUCAGCACUUGAUGUUAUGCAGACUAUGGGAUCAUCGAUCUGCUCUCUACACUCACAGAUGGAAGAGAUGAAUAAGCUUGUUUCAGAUCUCGCUGUUAUAGCUGCAAAAGAAAAAUAUAUGCUUGGCAAAUGUGAAAAUCUAUUGGCAUCAACUGCAGUCAUGGAGAUAGAAGAGAGUAGCCUCAUGACUCAUUUGAUGCAAAAGAAGCAAGAAGAAGUAAGAGAUGAUGCAGAGUCUCCAUUGCUGCCAUUAGGCUCAUUUAAGUGCCUAUGGACAUAACACCACUCUUGAAGUUUCCACGGCUAACUCUUAAAACGACUUGUAAAUUGCUCGUUUUUUGGCACCAACCUUUUUCCAUUUUAUCCUUAACUUGUAGGAAAAACAUGUGAAAUAGAUGGUUUAAAGAAAAUGAAGAAGAAUGCAUUUUAGCUUUU